UUCUCUUCUUCCGUCGCCGCCAUUGAACAAGAUGUAUUCGGCGAGCGCUAAAAUUGUGAAACCUCAAGGCGAGAAGCCUGAUGAGUUUGAACAGUCGAUCUCACAGGCUUUGUUGGAACUGGAAAUGAAUAGUGACUUGAAACAACAACUUCGUGAACUGUAUAUUACUGGUGCAAAGGAGAUUGAUGUCCAAGGCAAGAAAGCCAUAAUCAUCUUUGUACCAGUACCACAGUUGCGAAGUUACCAGAAAAUACAGACCAGACUUGUUCGUGAAUUGGAAAAAAAAUUCAGUGGCAAACAUGUUGUGUUUAUUGCACAGAGAAGAAUAUUGCCAAAACCAACAAGAAAAACAAGGAGGAAAAACAAGCAGAAAAGACCAAUCUCACGUACUUUGACAUCUGUACAUGAUGCAAUCUUGGAUGAUUUGACCUUCCCAGCUGAGAUUGUUGGUAAAAGAAUCCGAAUCAAGUUAGAUGGCUCUAGACUGAUUAAAGUUCAUUUGGAUAAGACACAGCAAACAAACAUUGAACACAAGUUGGACACAUUUGGUGCUGUGUACAAGAAGUUAACUGGAAAGGACGUUAAUUUUGAGUUUCCAGAAUAUGUUCUUUAAAGGACUGUAAAAUAAAAAAAAAAUGUGAUAUGAA